AUGGGGACAAUGGGGACCGGCAACAGCAAGGAGCAGGGCAAGGUGCAGGAGCAGGGUAAGGGAAAGGGGAAUGGUGGAGGUAGAGGGAAGGGGAAGGGGAAGGGUAUGGGGAAUGAUGGAGGCAAAGGGAAGGGGAAAGGGAAUGGCAAGGGGAACAGGCAGGUGAAUGGGCAGGUGAACAGGCAGGGGACGGCAUGUUUCUCUCAUCCCUUCUCCUCCCUUCUUCUCCCUUCUUUAACCUCCUCCUCCCUUCUCCUCCCCUCUCCUCCCUUCUCCCUCCUCCUCCCUUCUCCUCCCCUCCCUUCUCCUCCCUCCUCUUUCUCCUCCCUUCUCCUCCCUUCUCCUCUAUUCUCCUCCCUUCUCCUCCCUUCUCCUCCCUUCUCCUCCUUUCUCCUCCCUUCUCCCCCCUUCUUCUUGUUGGAGUAG